CAGCACCAAAUACGAAUGCACCCUGCAGCCCAAGGCAGGUUAUCUCAUCGUGCAGUUCCUGCUCGACAGACAGAAGAAAAAAGAAAGCGCGACAAACAUUUCGAACGAGGUGACUCCGGACCUGGAAAGGCUGCUGCGAUUCUGCUCGAAACAGGAUCUUCACAGAGGAUCUACUCUGGGUUUCGCGGCAGUUACGCCGCAUUUCGUGUCAAGCUGCGACACCCAUGUCGUCCCCCAUUAUUACCCACGGGGAUCUCCACAUGGCCCAGAACCAGAACCAGAACCGAACAGCCGACGUCACAGCGGCUGCACCACCUGUCCGGCCAGAACAGCGGGACCAGUGUAACCAGGGUGGCUGUGGGAACCGUCCUGUUGGGGCCACGGCUGCUCCUAUUAGUAGUAGUCGUCGUCGCACAUCACCCAUCCACUCGCGGCUGUUCACUACCAGUCUACUGCAUGGUUCCAGAGCUAAAGAGGACGGCAGAUUGCCCCUUCUCCAAAACCAACACGUCUCCAUCUCCGAGCGUGGUGGCCAGAGCCGUUCCAGCUCUGAGACGGACAACAGCUCUCAGACUCGGAGGGCAUCCUCAAGCUCCACGCCAGACAUAGGAACCAGCCCCAAGCCACAAUCGCCGCCACGCAGUCCGCUAUUGGCACGGGCACGGGCACCGGUGCCGAGAAUGGUGGCGCCGACUCAACCGUUGAAGAAGAGGAGGAGCAUCAUGGACCGCUUCAGGUUGCUGUCCAGGGAGACUCCUAAUCCUAGCCCCAAGCCCCAAACCCGAACUCCGGUCAUUUAUGUCCCGACCCACGCGGCAUCGGAUUUCUCCCGCAUCACAGUGUCGCCCCGGACUCAAAGGACGGCAGCUUCACGAGGGGAGCCUCUCGAAACCAUCGUCGCAAUUCCCUCAGAAGACGAAACUGCAUACCCAGCGGCGUUAAAACGACAUUCCCCGGUCCUGCAAACGCUGGCCGAAAACGAGCCAGUUUACACGAUCCCGGAGCAUCCCGUGCCCAGAACAUCCCCUGCAAAGGAACAUACUCGGAAGCACUCAGCAUCAUCCGCCAGGCAACCAAACUCACCUUCUCCACAACAUUCGUACUCUCCUGUCACCGACCUUCGGGAAGCAUCGCAAGCUAUGCCUUCCACGGCAGCCCCUAAUGCACGCAUCGAGGCCAUUCGCGCAACCGACGAUACGCCAGCACAACCAGCCGUCAAAUCCAUGCCAGGACCCUCGCAACAGCAACUUCCAAAUACCGAACCUAGGGAAGUGGAAGGGCCGGUGACAGUGGAACAAAGCAGCCAACUUUCUGACUAUGAGCUAUUCUUAGCCCGCGCAGAAGCCAAGGAGCGCGCAUAUAGGGACCAAACCUUGCGCCAUCUGUCGCGGCACCCCAACGGCUAUGUCGUCCCCUACUACGACCCCCGCGCAGAGGCCGAGACGACCCUUUUACCGUACCGGCAACCGGUCACGUAUCCGGCCAAGACCAGCAGCACGGGCUCGACUGCCGUCGGCGUUGAUCAACCGGGGGCCCUGAGAAAGACCUGGGACGGGCGAAUAACCUCGAUCGAUUCCGGAAUCGGAAGCCAAAGCAGCAGGCGGGGGUCGAGGCGCGAGGCGGAAGAGGCGCCGAACCGACUCUCGAGACACUCGGAGUCCCAGCCCAGGAAGCAUACCAGCUGGUCGCCGGCCCCCGGAUUGAGGAGGGGUGACGCGCACCGAAAUUUGACGGCUCCCGGGACAGCGGCGGUGGGCGAGGUGGACGACAACUGCGGAGGCACCACGACCGCGUCGGGGUCGACUCUGGUCGCGGACAAAGGCGGCCCCAACAACAACGACAAUGCCCCACAGCAACCGCGGACUCUGAGGAAACAGGCGAGCUUCAGGCAGAAGAUCGGCGAGUAUAUCAAGCCACCCCGGCAGCCCAGCCGGUAUGACGCGGUUGGGAAUACAACCGGACUGGCGCGGAUUAUGGAAAGGAAGGCAGUGGGUGAGGCAUAGGUUCCGGAGAGGAGGCGAUAGGGUGGCAUUCUGAAUUGGGUGUUUUGAUAAGGAUCGCAUAGCCGGAGUUUGGGGAAGUCGGGCGCGCUCGGCGGCGGCGGCGGACAGGACUAUACCCUCAGGCAAAGCAUAGAUAGAGCAGAGUUUGUUAUUAUUU